AUGGAAGAUGAUUUAAAAAUAAUUCAAGAUGAACAAGAUCUUAAAAAGACUUUGAAACAUGAAAUAAAAAGUAUAGAUAUCUCUAUAAAAGUUGAAUCUAUCUAUAUUAUGGACUUACAUAAAUUAGGAGAUGAUAUUGGGUAGUGUUCAAACCUUGUUCAUCUUAAACUUACUAUGGAUAAAAACAUUUUAGAUGAAAAGAGUUCAAUUUACAUAUUUUAACAAAUUGCAAAGUGUGUUAAUCUCAUUUCACUAUCUCUCAAUUUAAAUAACUCUGAUAUUAAUAAUUCUGGUACAUCAGCCUUAGGCAAAACUAUCUCAUAGCUAACUAACCUAAAGAACAUAUAAAUUGAUUUAUUUUAAGCCAAAGUUGGAAUUACAGGAGCUACUGGCCUUGCUUUUGGGUUGUCUAAGUGCCAAUAACUAGAGUUUUUGAAUUUAUAUUUAACCUAGAAUUAACUUGGAAAUACAGGCACUUCUCUCUUAGGUUAAGGGAUAGGUUCAUGCAUUCAAAUUAAGAAAUUGACUCUGUACUUAUCAGCAAACCACAUACAAGCUGAAGGUAUUGAAGGAUUAAUUUAAGGUAUUUAAAACUGCUCAAAGAUAUAAGAAUUAAAUCUUCUAAUUGGGUAUAAUCAAAUUAAAAAUUAAGGAAUGAUUGCUAUAGGUUCUUACUUAUCAUAAUUGAGUGAACUUAAGAUAUUGAAUUUAUAUCUAUCUAAUUGUGGAGUUAACAAUUCAGGUUUGGUUGACUUUUGUACUUAUUUAAAGGUUUGCUCAAACUUAAAUUAUAUUAAGUUUCAUUUUAAUGAAAGCAAUAACGAAGAAAUAGAAGUUGGAAUCACCUGUUUAAUAAAUUUACUUGUCUAAUUUUAGAAAUUAUACUAAAUAAUUGGUUUUUUCAAAAUAAAAUAUCUUGAUGAAAAAAUUAAACUAAAACUCAGAAGAAAAUUAAAAAAGACAAAAAAGCUUGUUUUAAAUAAUUUUUUCUUUUGA